AUGACUGACAGUAUUCUGACGUAUAAAAACACUUUGUUCAGACCCGUAAAUAGAAUUGCUACGAGUCGAUCAAGAUGGUUGUUGACCUUAGUUCACGACAUAAGACCUUAUUUGGAGUUCUUGGACAAAUUAUCAAACGACAUUGGACGUACGUUAUGGACAGUAGACAGUAUAAUGGCUAGUUAUUAUACCCAGGACAAUUCCUCUACUGAAUAUGGACUCACCUUUGAAAAAAUGAAACUUGAAAUAGUUUCACUGAGGUUUGAAAUUGACAGUUUAGUAAAAACGACUCACGAAUACAAAGACCUAUCAAUCAGUAAAAGACAUAAACGUGCUUUGCUACCUUUUGUUGGAGACGCACUUUCUUGGCUUUUCGGCACAGUCAGUUCAUCUGACUUGAAUAAAAUUAGGGGUAACAUAAAUAAAUUAGCCUCUAAUCAAAAAGCAAUUUCUCAUGUCGUUUCGGAAAGUUUAUCAAUAUUGAAUGUAUCACGAUUACAAAUUUCAAAUAAUCGCAAUCAAAUUAACGCACUUUCAGACGGAUUACGUAAAUUAGAUUUAAAACUCGAAAAUAUAGUUGCUCAAUUCAAGAAGCAAAUUUUAAAAUUAGAAGGUUUUGUACACCUUUUUCUUAGAACAAAAUUAGUCCUCGAUGAUAUCAAAUUAAUGAUUUUAGAUGCUAUUUCAUAUUCGAAAAAUACCAAGAUUCUUUUAAGUAUGCUUACACUUGGUCAUCUCGGUCCAUCAGUUAUCGUACCAGAAAAAUUACGGAAAUUACUUUUAGAAAUUCAAGAUAAAUUACCACCUAGUGUAAAAUUACCGGCAAAUCCCAAAACCAAUUUAUGGCAUUACUAUAAGAUCCUCACUUGCGUAUCAUUCAUAGAGGAUCACAAAAUUAUUAUCAUUUUGAAUAUUCCACUACUUGACAAUGAUGACCAUUAUAUAAUUUACAAAGUACAUUCUCUCCCAGUUCCAAUGAUGACUAAUCACGUUUUAUCAAAAUCUAAGGGCACGUCCCGAUUUGUAGCACGAUACAAAUUAGAAACCACUACGCUUGCUGUUAGUGUUGAUAGUACAAAAUAUGCUUUAAUAACAGAUGAUGAGUCUAAACAAUGUACAAAUCCUCAUAUGAACUUCUGUCAAAUUAAGAGUCCAAUCUUUCCAAUCAAUUUGAGUGAACUAUGUGUCAUGGCAUUAUUUUCUAAGAAUGAAGUAAAGACUUCAAGUAGAUGCGAUAUUUCGGUCAAACCUAAUGAAAUUUUACCAACUACUGUGUAUUUCACUAAUGGUUAUUGGGCUGUAAUUGUACGUAAACAAACCCGAUUUUCAAUUGUCUGUCAAGAUACCCACCUCGAGCAUUCCUCUAUUGUUGUCAAACCACCUAUUCAAAUUAUUCACCUAAAGCCGACAUGUAAAGCGGUAAAUGACCACGUUACUUUGCCCUCUCAUAACACGAAUGAGAGUACUUAUUUUGAUAGCACUUCAUUCAAACAUUUAUUGACAAAUUUUAAUGAAUCUAUUACCGAUAUUUGGAAACCGAUUACUGAUCCAUUUGGCAAUUAUACGUUAACUAAAUUACCACCAAAAUUUUUUCCCAUCGGAAAAUUAGUAUCAGAAUUAGAUGACUUACAUCCAAUCGAAAACCUUAAGAAACAAACAUGGCCAUUAUGGGCAUGGGUUACUCUGUGUGUCGUUAGUGCUGUUGGUGUACUUAUACUUUAUAUAGUUUUCAAACUAUAUACGAAACCUCUUAUGUUAAGAUUCAAAUCCCCAUGGAGACGCUCUGAUAGAAAGGGUGAAAGCUCUGAUAAGGUCCCUACUGAUCAAAGUACAGAAGCAAUACCCAUGGUAACGAUGAAGCAACCAAGCGCCCCAGACGAUGAACGAUUAUAUCCUGAUAUAUCUGGAGCUAAUACAUUGCAUUCUCUCCUCAACCUUGCUCAACAACAGAGAGCAAUUCAGAAAACGGAGACCAAUCUUUAA